CUCGGUCCCGCCCCCUCCCGGCCAGGUUACCCGUGGACCCGGCGCUCGCAGCCGGUGCUUCUCCCGGACGCCGUUCCGCGAGGCUCGGCGGCGGGACCGGAGGCGGCCGCCAUUUGCCGCGGGACCCCAGGAUGGCCCCCAAACUCUCAGACUCUGCGGAGCGGCUGCGCGCCGCCGGCAACCAGAGCUUCCGCAACGGCCAGUUCUCCGAGGCCGCCUCGCUCUACAGCCGCGCGCUGCGGGUGAUGCAGGAGCAAGGUUCUUUGGACUAUAAAGAAGAAAGUGUUCUCUACUCCAACCGAGCAGCAUGCCACUUGAAGGAUGGGAACUGCAGAGAUUGCAUCAAAGAUUGCACUUCAGCACUGGCCUUGGUUCCCUUCAGCAUGAAGCCCUUGCUGCGGCGAGCAUCGGCCUAUGAGGCUCUGGAGAAGUAUCCCCUGGCCUACGUGGACUACAAGACUGUACUGCAGAUUGAUGACAGCGUGAUGUCAGCCUUGGAAGGCGUCAACAGAAUGACCAGAGCUCUCAUGGACUCACUUGGGCCGGAGUGGCGCCUGAAACUGCCCUCUAUCCCUUUGGUGCCUGUUUCAGCUCAGAAGAGGUGGGAUUCAGAAUAUCACAAAGAGACACCUAAAGGCAAAUCCAAAGAAACCACAACUGCCAAGAGCAGAGUGCCUUCUGGGGAUGUGGAGAGAGCCAGAGUUCUGAAGGAAGAAGGCAAUGAGCUUGUAAAGAAGGGAAACCAUAAGAAAGCUAUUGAGAAGUACAGUGAAAGCCUCUCGUAUAGUAACCUGGAGUCCACCACGUACAGCAACAGAGCGCUCUGCUAUUUGGCCCUGAAGCAGUACAAGGAAGCGGUGAAGGACUGCACAGAAGCCCUCAAGCUGGAUGGGAAGAACGUGAAGGCAUUUUACAGACGGGCUCAAGCCUAUAAGGCACUCAAGGUAAGAAGUCCUCAUCAGCUAAGCUACGGGCACCCGUGCCUGUGGUGGAACUUCCCGAUUGUGGUCGAGGACUAUAAAUCCAGCUUUGCAGACAUCAACAGUCUCCUGAAAAUUGAGCCUAAGAAUGUCCCUGCACAGAAGUUGCAGCAGGAAGUUAACCAGAAGUUAAACUAAAAUCCCAAAAGGGCAGCAGGAAAACCUCCACUGGAUGACUUCCUCUGUGUCCGCUUCUGGGACCCAGCAUGCCCCCAAAUGAGCUCUGAAGCACCCUCCCUCUGCCCUACAAAGCAGUAGUAGCCUCCGACCCCUUAAGAGGCUUUGUUCAAAUUAAGCUCAGUGUAGCAAAAACCAGACAUUGUUUUGCUGGAAAGGUCCCCUGCUGUGCCGAACCCCUGUUCUCCAUCCCCUGCCUGGACAGCUAGCGGAUCACACAAACAGGUCCUCAUCAGCAAACCACUGGGCCUGGCCCUGCCCCGAGCAUGCUCCAGACUGAGGGCUGCCCUAUGAGCGUCACCAGACCCACCUCACUGUGGCUCAUGAGCAAACUCAGCUGGGGGUGUGGAAGGGGGGCCACAGGACUAGAAACACCUAAAGCAGCCUGUUGAGCUGGUUCUCCAGGGCUGCCAGCCUGCCCUGUCCUUGACAUAGUCCUCUGUGUUCUGAGUUCCAGCCCUUUUUGGCCAGGCCCCACUUUGGUAGGGAUGCAGAACCCUGACCCUUGGGUGGCUGUCUGGGGCUCUGUGCUUCUGCUUGCAUGGAGGUGCCUAAGUUGUGUCAGGAGCCCAGAGGUGGCCACCCCUCCUAAAGGUGGAUGGGAAGAAAGGCCUCCUUGAAGUCAGUGUCCUUCUGUUCUAGGGACUUUUGACCCCAACGGUGGCCCUCCAGGCUUCUUAUUUCUUUGUUAUACGAAGUUAAUUUGAACUGAACUGACUCGGUUUUGUUGAACUGUACGUUUAAACGAUUACAUUAAACAUUUUUCUUCUACAAAAA